UUAUUAUUAUAUAUUUUUAUUGAAAAUCUGUCGAUUCAUGAAAAUAUGAGCAAAUGAACACUUUGCUUACGUGGUGAUUCGAGGUUACUAUUAAGCCGACAAAAUAAUUUUGACAACUCUACCAAAAGUGUUUAAAAGUACUCCAAAAAAAAAUAAAUACUAAUUGAUUCUAAUAUGUCAAAAAAAUUAAAAAUUAAAGACAAGCUAGAAGAUGAAAUUCUUGAUCUCAGCUGGUGUGAUCUUCAAGAGGUUCCUAUUCGUGAAAUUGCAGCAAUUAAAAAAGCAUCACAUUUGGAUCUUUCCAACAAUCAAUUGGUAUCAAUUCCAAAUACCAUUGUUACUUUGACAAAUAUUAUAAAAUUGGAUUUGAGUAAAAAUAUGUUGACAGAAAUACCAGAAAAUAUUGGAGAAAUGAAACAACUAAAACAUCUUGAUCUUUAUGGAAAUCAGAUUAGCAGACUUCCAUUGAGUCUUGGUGAUUUAAAAAAUCUCAAAUGGCUGGAUUUAAAAGAAAAUCCAUUAACACCUGCUGUUGCAAAAGUUGCUGGUACUUGUAGUGAUCCAAGUGAAUGUCAACAUUGUGCAAGAAGCAUUGUUUCUUAUCUUAGUUUAGUAAAAAUUAAUAUUGAACAAGAAAAAUUAAUGAGAAGUAAUAAUGCAUUAUCAAGUGGUGGACAAUUAAAUAAUAAUACUAAAAAAGAACAAAAGAAAAAAAAGAAAAAAAAUACUGUUAAAGAUGAAAAACAAAAUACAGUAUUAUUAAAUGAAAGAUUUUUUGGUACAGAUUUAUUUGCAUUUUAA